AUGGCGCUUUCCUUCGCCGUGCGCCGGCGCAAGCCGGAGCUCAUCGGCCCGGCCUCGCCGACGCCGCGAGAGACCAAGCGCCUCUCCGACAUCGACGACCAAGGGACGCUGCGGGCGAACAUUCGCUUCUUCUUCUUCUACCGUGGGGAGCAGGAGUCUGGCGACGACCCGGUGGGCGCCAUCCGCCGCGCCCUGCCGGAGGCGCUGGUGCACUACUACCCGUUCGCCGGGCGGCUCCGCGAGGUGGACGGCCGGAAGCUGGUCGUCGACUGCACCGGCGAGGGGGUCACCUUCGUGGAGGCCGACGCCGACGUCCGGUUCGCGGACCUCGAGGCGGCCGCCGGGCCCGGGCUGACGCCGCCGUUUCCAUGCGCGGACGAGCUCGCCUUCGACGCGGACGGCGUCAGCGGCGUACUCGGCUGCCCCUUGGUGCUCAUUCAGGUGACGCGGCUCCUGUGCGGCGGCUUUGUCGUGGGGCAUCGCUUCAACCACGCCAUGUGCGACGCCACGGGCACAGCGAUGUUCAUGAACGCCGUCGCCGAGCUCGCGCGAGGCCUCCCUGCGCCAACCGUCGCGCCGACGUGGUGCCGUGAUCUGCUCGACGCACGAAGCCCUCCGGCGCCCUGGCUCCCGCACCGCGAGUACGACGUCGUGGCGCCCCUGCCGCCAUCGCCACCAGCCGACGACACGGUCCUCCGCUCCUUCCUGUUCGGCCCUUCCGUCGUCGCCGCGAUGAAGAGAUCCCUCCCGCCUGGUCUCCGCGACACCGCCACGAGCUUCGAGGUGCUGGCCGCGUUCUUGUGGCGCGCCCGCACGGCGGCGCUGGCGCUCCGGCCGGACGAGGAGACGCGGCUGGUGACCGUCGUCAACAUGAGGAGGCACGUCGCUCUAGGCCUGCCCGCCGGCUACUACGGCUACGCGUGUGCCAACCCCACGGCGGUGAUGGCCGCCGGGGCGCUGCUGAGCGGCUCGAUGGGAGAAGCGGUUGAGCUGGUCCAGGCGGUGAAGGCUUCGGUGACGGCCGAGUACGCGCGCUCCAUGGCCGACCACCUCGUGCUGCACGGGCGGCCGGCGUUGGCCACGCCGAACCUGUUCGUUCUCACCGACCUCAGGCACGUAGGCCUCGAUCGUGUGGACUUCGGCUGGGGCGAGCCAGUGUAUGCAGGGGCGGCCAGAUCAGUUCUCUGGGUGAGCUCGUUGGUCACCGUCAAGAACAGCGCCGGGAAGAACGUGGUGGCGGUGCUGGUCGCGCUGCCGAGGUUGGCAAUGGAGCGGUUCGCGUCCGAGGUCGAGACGUUGACCAAGAAGGUUUAG